AUGCAACCUCACGAACACAUACAAAUCAAAGAGUCCUUUCUUGUUGGGAAAGCCCUUUUGAACUUUACAUCCGUGUUUGUUUCUCUCGGAGUGUUUUUGUUUGGGUUUGAGCAAGGGUUAAUGUCAUCAUUGAUUACAAACAACUACUUUAAAUUAUACUACCAUGAUCCAUCGCCAGCAGAAAUUGGUAUCAUGAUCGCCAUCCUUGAAAUCGGUGCUCUAUUCUCAUCAUUCGUUGCAGGAAGAGUGGGUGAUUUAGUAGGUAGAAAGAAAACCAUCCGGUAUGGAUCUUUCAUCUUUGUUGUUGGAGCAUUGAUUCAAUUCUUGUCUCCAAAUAUCCUUAUUUUAAGUGGUGGAAGAUUAAUUGGAGGUGUAGCUAUCGGGUUCCUAACGACAAUUGUCCCUUGUUACCAAUCCGAGAUUAGUCCACCUACCGAUAGGGGGUUUUAUGCAUGCGCUGAAUUCACGGGAAACAUUAUCGGAUACGGUGCUAGUAUCUGGGUGGAUUACGGUUUUUCAUUUUUGGAAAGUGACGCUAGUUGGAGAAGUCCACUUUUCGUCCAAUUUGGCAUGGGUGUGUUGCUUUGGUUGGGAACGUUUGUUAUUGUUGAAACUCCACGUUGGUUGUUGAAUCACGACCAUGAUUUGGAAGGUAUGAUUGUUAUUGCCGAUAUGUAUGCCGAUGGCGAUGUUGAAGAUGAACAUGCAAGAAAUGAGUAUAGAAACAUCAAGGAAAGUGUAUUGAUUGAUCGUAUUGAAGGUGGAGAAAGAUCAUAUCAAUACUUGUUCAAGAGGUACGCCAAGAGAUUGUCGGUUGCGUGCUUUGGGUUACUUUUCAGUCAAUUAAACGGUAUCAACUUGAUUUCCUAUUAUGCGCCAAUGAUUUUUGAAAGUGCUGGUUGGGUAGGUAGAAAAGCCAUAUUCAUGACUGGUAUCAAUGCCAUCAUUUACAUCUUGAGUACAAUUCCACCUUGGUAUUUAGUUGAUUCAUGGGGUAGAAAGCCAUUGUUGAUGCUGGGUGCACUCUUGAUGGGUAUUCCCUUAUACUUGGCGGGUUAUUCAUUGUACUUGAACAACGAUUAUACUGCAGCAGUGGUGGUUACAUGCAUCAUCAUUGCAAAUGCAGCUUUUGGAUACUCAUGGGGAGGUAUUGGAUGGCUCUUGCCUUCGGAAAUCUUGCCUUUGCCAGUCAGAUCAAAGGGGGCUGCUAUUGCAACGGCUACAAACUGGCUUUCCAACUUUAUCGUUGGAUUGGCUUCUCCAAUCUUGUUGGAUCAGAUUAAAUGGAAAACCUACUUGAUUCCAGCAUCGUUUUGUAUCUUGUCCUUUUUUGCCGUAUGGUACUUGUUCCCCGAAACUAAAGGAUUGUCUUUAGAGGAAAUGGGAUCAGUAUUUGAUGACAAGUCGUCCAUCUUUUCCUAUCACGGAGCAGGUUCCAAUGGCAAUGGUUCCAUCAACAGCAGCAGCAGCACUAGCAUCCAUUCCAACUCCAACUAUGGCUCAACCCAAGAACGAAGAUUAUCCAAUGCUGAAUUCGUGUCUGAUUCAGUGCAAACGGCAGCUUCAAUGGCGAGAAACCCAGCUACCAUGCGUCCUGAAUUGGAUGAUAAUAUAAUUGCUGGCGCUAGUAGUGCAGCCCACUUGUCCACAGUAGCUGGACCUUCGUCGUCGUCGUCAAUAAAGCCAGUCAAAUCGGAUAAUGCAUCGACUGCGUCAAUCGACGGGUCAGCCAACGGCGGUGUGCCCGACACUGUGAUUCAAGAAAUUGAACCUCCUGCAUUUGAAGAUAUCUUGAUGUUUAAAGUUCAAGAACAAAGUCGACCAUUUUUUUUCAUUGAGUGGUUUACCGGUUUGCAAAAGAAGAAACAAAAGGGUGCCAAUGAUGAAGAAAGUAGACUAUUGCAAUAG